AUGAAGAACAUGGCGCAACACUUUCAUGGGAAGCACAACCACUUUUUGUUCAACGAUAAUGGCGACGGUACCUUUUCCCCGGUGAGAGCCUACACAAAUAGGGACGACAGCUCUCCUGGCAUCAUCAUUUCGCGCAUUCCGAUAUCUCCUGGGGCACCACCCGCCGCAACCCCGGAAUUCUCAGAGAAGCAAAGACAGCUGCAACUGAGCAAAAAGGGUUCGCCUAUGCCGUACAUACCCGCAGGCCCUCGUGAAGCCACGAUUGGAAGCGCUCUAGGAGGCAGUUCCCCUGAUAUAUCAAAACGUACUUUGCGCACUGAGGCAGUCAACGAUGUCAUGGACGAGAGACUGGCAAAACGUCCCAAGAAGACUCCAGUGCCUCUACCCGUUCAAGCAACUGUGCUGCCGCCAUCACCAACGCCACCCAGUUUGCCUAUGGAGCAGCCACCUUUGACUAAAACGCUCGCGUAUUUGCACCGGUUUCUUUCACCAAACCAGCAAAUCCCUUCUCGGCCGGACAUACUUGCACUCUCAAAAUAUGAGCGGGUUCGGAAUGUGCCAGCUUCGUGGAUAGACUAUCAUAUUGAUAAGACGAUCGAUCCUCUCCACUACGCCUGUGUUUUGGCGUAUCUAGUAGGCACUGCAGAAGAAAAGAAUCCAUGCCGCAAAUGGAAAGGAGUAUCGCGGCUGUCUGAUCCCUGCGUAGGUUUGCCUGCGAGUCUCCCGGCUGAAGCGCGAGCUGCAUUUAGCAGAACAACGACGUGUAUGGCCUGCCAGUAUCAGUAUUGCUUCAACCGUACCAAAAACGAGUGCGAAUGGGCCAGAAACGAGCUGGCGCUCGAUGGUAUGAGUGAAGAAGCAGAUGCAACAGCGCAGGCAGAGGCAGAGGCGACACCCCAGUCUAGGCUCGAAUCAGCAUAUGAUACCAGGUCCAAGGCAGUUGUAGCGGAUGGCGGGCACGCAGACGAUGAUUAUGAUAUGAUAUCAGAUGGCGUGCCACUAUCGAAAAUGGAGCCUGAGCAGGUCCCCAUCCGAACCUCUCAAACCAAGAGCCCACCACCUGUAUCAAAUGCCAGACAAAAUUCAACAGCCGCUCAGAUGGAGGCGGAAGAAAUGGAAGACUGGGAAGUUGCCCCUGGUACAAUCAAAGACGAAGUGACUAAUAUGAAUAUCGGCUUUUCCAACGCCUACAUGUCUGACCAACGUCCUGUUACCAUCUCCCCAGGGGUCAGCUUCAACGUUCUUGUCCUGAAGCCAGGACGCUCGUAUAACUGGCCGGAGGUGAUGAGUAUGGUGCGCACGUGUUCUGUCAGCGCCGGCAAGAUCAGUGUCAAGAUGGGCGACAACGGGACGUUCAAGCUAGGCCCAAACGGAGUAGUUGUCAUACGGCCAGGACAAACUUGUACAGUCUCAAACCGGCUUUACACAGACGCGGUGCUUCAUUGCACGACUUUUGAAGAUGACUUUCAGAUGAAGUGA